GCUGUGUCGGACUUCAUGGUGGGACUGUUUGUGAUGCCACUGGGGUUCAUUUGGAUGGUGGAAAGUUGUUGGAUCUUUGGCGUCUCCGUGUGUGCCUUUCUGAACUUUUUCGCUUUUCAGCUGACGUGUGCCUCUGUGCAAAAUGUGGUUCUCAUCGCAGUGGACAGAUAUCUGGCUCUGAGCAAUCCGUUCAUGUACACCAAACGGGUAACUGUGAGACUGGCUGUCGUUCUCUCUUUAGCAAACUGGGCCGGUUCCUCGGCAGGCAACUUUGCUCUGCUGUAUUGCAACGGCUUUUUCACAACCUCUCUGAAACAGUGCCCGCAUCAGUGUCCCGUCAUCAUCAGCAAAGCCUGGACUUGGGCCGCCUUUCUGAUGACCUUUGUAUUCCCGUGCUCCAUUAUGUUUGUGCUGUACGUGAAAAUCUUUGCCAUUGCCAGAAAACAUGCCCGCGCCAUUAGGGCAGCUAACGCGCAGGGCAAUGCCGCCUGGGUGAAGAAUGACAACGUGCCCAAACGAUCGGAGAGAAAGGCGGCCAAAGCUCUGGGUAUCCUGGUGUUUGUGUUCCUCUCGUGUGUCGUGCCAUAUUUCAUUGCGAGUCUCUUGGCUGAUUAUAUCCACAGCGAUGUAGUUACAACUGUGCUGAACUUCUUAUCACUUGUUCUGUACCUGAACUCUUUAUGCAACCCUGUUAUUUAUGCACUGUUCUAUCCGUGGUUCCAGAAAAGCAUGAAGCUGAUUUUAACGUGCCGUAUUUGUACCGUAGAUUCUUCUCUCAUGCAAUUAAAGUAAUGUAUUGAUGUGUGUCUCUCUAUUGAAAAGAAUGACAGUUGAAAUUGACUUGGUCUUGUCUCUGAAAGUUUCCUAAUGUACUGGGUUACUAAGUUAACUACUAUAUUUGAAUAACACAGUACCCCUGAAAACAUUGUAAACAUUUAUCUGUCGAUUGCA